AUGGACCAACCACUAACCAUCGCCCGCCCCGUCGAAUACCUCCUCUCCGGCAUCGUCUCCACCUCCUCUAUCAUCACGCGCUUCAUCCGCACCGUGCGUGUCGCCCACGCCGACCUGGCCGCCGUCACGCGCGACCUGUCCGACCUGCGCUUGGUGCUGGAAUUGCUGAAGGAAGAGACUGGGAUCCCACCCGCGCUGCAGGGCCAGAUGCUCCUGGUGCUGGAGAGCUGUGGGAAUGUGUUGAUUCGGGUGGAUAGCGUGUUGGCGCAGUGUUCGAGGCCGGAGGCGUGGGCUAGGGUCGGGAGGGGGGAGAUGGAGGUUUGUCGGGAGGGAUUGGGGAGCUUUAGGGAGGCGUUAGGGUUGGCUUUGGAUGUGGUUGGUGUGUAUGUUUAUUUCUUUUCAUUUUAUCUGUUCCUCUUUUGCCCGUGA